AUAUUUAAAACACAAAUGGUGCAAAGUAUACUCCCGACAGCCAUGGUAGAUAAGUGACUAUGAGGUUCGUCGGGUGAAACCCUAACCCUAAUAACCAUUGAAGUUGCAGCGAAUUUCGUCCUCAAAAACCAUCCGAACCCAUUGGUGGCCGAUCCCCUCAUUAACCAGGUAAAGAAUUAGUGAAUUGAAGUAAUGGAUUCAGACAUUGGGAAGAGUGAAGACAGGAUCAGCAAGUUGCCCGAUGCCCUUCUGUGCCACAUUCUUUCUUUCCUUUCAACAAAAAAUGCAGUUGGAACCAGCAUUCUGUCGACAAGAUGGCGUAACCUCUGGACUUCUGUUCCUAAACUUGAUUUUGAUGACAACGAAUUCUUUUGCGAAUAUGCUCGAUUGAGUGAAGAGAGGAAAAUAGAAGUUGAUUUGAGCUUUCAGGAUUUCAUGAAUACAGUAUUGCGUCUUAGUGAUGCACCAUGUUUCCAGAAAUUCCGUAUCAAGGUUAGAAAUCCUGGACAUCUCGACCUUUUUGAUACAUGGAUCUCUGCUGCAAUUGAGCGCAAUGUUCUAGUUUUAGACCUGGAGCUCAGAGACGAUGUUGGGACUAAUGUUAAGUUGCCACAUACAAUUUUCACCAGCAAAACGCUUGUGGUUCUGACACUUUGGGAAGCUUUUCUAGAUGUUCCUGGUUCAGUUUGGCUUCCUAGUCUUAAGAGUCUUAACCUACAUUCGGUUAAAUAUGAAAAUGAAGACUCGUUGCUGAAGCUCUUAUCUGGUUGCCCAGUUCUUGAAAAUUUGUAUAUGGUGAGGUGGAUUUUGGAUACACUACAAGUGUUGAAUAUUUCGGUGCCUACAUUGAAGCAUUUGACAGUAAUUUGGUACAGAGAUUAUUUUCAGGAUGAAGACUUAGAAGAUUUGGAUGAUCAGGGAUGCAAACUUGUGGUAGAUGCCCCCCAACUUGAGCACAUUUAUCUUUCGGAUUACUGUACAGAUGAAUUUUUGUUCAGGAAUUUACGAUCUUUGUCCAAAGCAUCUCUUUUUGUUGGAUCUUCCGACUUAAGUUUCAUUGACGAUGGUCUUCGCAUAUAUAGGCUUCUAAGUGGGAUUCCAAAUGUUAAGUUUCUUGAUGCACAUUUUUCCUUUCAGACUGAUGUCGAUGAUUAUAUGUUGCCUACGUUCCAUAAUUUAACCGAAUUGAAGCUUGGUGGUGGUGGUGACGAUAGCUGGAAUCUGAAAUUGCUAUCAGACUUUCUUCAGUGCUCACCUAAUCUUGAAACUCUUAUUCUUGAGGGAAAUGUACUUGAUACUUCAGACAAAUCUUGGAAUCCACCACAAGAAGUGCCUAGUUGUUUGUUGUUACAUCUCAAGAAAAUUCGAAUACAAAAAUUUAGCGGGAAAAAUUAUGAACUUAGAGUGAUAGGGUAUUUGCUGAAAAAUGCUAAAGUUUUAAAGAAGAUGACAAUUGACAGCCAAAAUUUAGACGAUUGCUGUUGUGGGGAAUUAACAGCAUUACCUAGGGGCUCAAAGACUUGUCAACUUCAUCUUCUUCUCUGAAUUUGUAAGUUAAUCUUCCUAAUUAUUAUUAUUGUUGUUUUUAUUUUUGUUAUUGUUAUGUCAAGGAUAUCAAGUUGAUUCUCUGAAUAGCUUCAUACCUUAUGGUUAAUAACCAAAAAAAAAGAAAGAAAAAGAAAAAAGAAGAAGACAGAAACGACGAAAAAUAUAAUGAUUAUGAUGAAUGACAGACUUUAUUGUACUCAACAAAUAGUUAAUUUUCCAAAUUAAUGACAAAAUCGUUGUGUCUCAAACCAAGGCUUUUUUGAAUUCCUGCAAUCCUAACGAGGAUUCUCCUUUUAUUUCCUUUUCUUCUCCCCCCCCCCCCCCCCCCCCCCCCCCCAAAAAAAAAAAAAAAAAAAAAAAAAAGGCAUUGCAACAAGUGGGAGACAAUCCAUUCUGUAAAAACGUCAGCCAAAUUUUCCAUAGCAUAAGAAAUGGACUGAGGAGAUGAAGGCCAUGCAUCUUUCAUAACAUCUUCAAAAUUUCUUUAAGGUGAAUUACCAAUAGGUCUUACUUUUCGAACUUAUCAUUCAUUAAGUCCUAUUAAUAAAUUUAUCAAGUGAGUCUCUUUUAUUUUUAUGAAUAAAUUUACAAUGAUAAAUUUAUCAAUCAGGACCUAUAGGUAACUAAGCCUAGUUAAUAAAACUGAUUAGUAAGUGUCCCAAAUCCUUAUUAGUGGGACAAGCUGCCUCCUAACGAAAUGUUUAUCAAUAGGAAUGUGGUUCAUGCAUGACAAUUGGAAGGCCAUUGUACAUCAUAUUAUCAUGAAAAUGUAGCUGUGCUUGUUGCAGCAUGCUCUAACAUUAACCUUCUGGUUUUAUUAACUUUUACCAUGGCGGCGAGCGUCCUUCACUCUCUCAUCAUGUUAAAACUAAUAUCAUUGUCUUGUCUGUCCAAACCGGAGUUCUUUGUCACUCUUAAAACCAUAUUUCAUGUGGAAAUAAUUGUCGGAUUCUCUAGUUUAACUGUCUUAAUUAAGGGUUUAUUUAUAUAUUUUUAUUUUAGAUAAUUAUUCUCAUCUUGAAAGCUGGUUCUUCAUAGUUCUUGUCAUUCGAUGCUCUCUUCAUGCUUUGACAAAAUUGACUAGGUGGUAACUGCUUUUUAGCAUGUGGAAAUUGUUGCCAUGCUUGAUUGAAAGUUCACCUAACCUUGAAGUUCUUGUCUUCAUGAAGGUACAUUAAGAUGUUAAGUAUUUUGUUAAUUUAGCAAUUUGACUAGUGUACUUAACGAUUUCUUUUGUCAAACAGGGGUUUCAGAACAUAGAAGUUGCUAUACAACAUUUGGGAGUCGUCUGCUAGAGUAUAUACCUAUUUGUUUGCCAUUACACCUUCAAAGUUCAGGGGGAAGGAGGAUGAGCUCAAGCUGGUAGAGUAUUUUGUAGGAGACUCUGAAGUUUUGCAGAAGAUGAAAAUCAGUCUUUGCAUAGAAGUUGAAUAUUUAGGAAGAAAUUAAUAUCAUUACCAAGGUGCUCAAACGAAUGCCAGAUGGAGGCUGCCGUAAGAUGGAAAAGAUGAGUUUUAAAUUUGUGUGUCGUGAUGAAAACCAACCUAAAAAUUGGAAUGAUGAACACAAGGUGAACCAGAAAACAACAUUGGUAGACUCUCUGCUAUAAAACCAUGGACUCCUUUAUUUUGAAAAUAUUUGCUAGUUUCUCCUUUCUGCCUAUGAUUCGUUUGGCUGCUUAAAUUAGUGUGCUAUUGGGUGAUACAAAGAUUGAAUAUGUAAGGUGAUAUAAAGAUUGAAUAUGAUAUGGACAAAUUAUAUCUGGUAGCCUUUUUGUUAUUUUGGUUAUUGUAAUUUUAAUUGAUUCGAUUUUGAUUUUGUUUUAAUUUAGUGCAAUUAAUUAUAA